CCACUGUAGCUGCUCUAUGUGCUAAGAUGGAAACACUUCGAAGUUUUAGUUCGGAUUGAGAAAUAUCAACUUGAUUCGUUUCCACUGAAGGCAACGGGAUAAAAUAUUGACACGUCAAAAUACAUCGCAGUCGGGCUUUAAUUGCGUUCAUUUAAUAGCAUUAGGCAACGUUGUGAGACAUUUUGAGCCAUUCAUUCCAAAGUCCUCUUUACAGUAUGAGGUGCAGUUAUGGCAAGCAGUAGUAAGAAGUCAGUGGCGAGGACCCUGGAGGAUCUGACGCUUGAUUCGGGUUAUGGUGGAGCAGCAGACUCCUUUAGGUCUUCCAGUGCUUCACUGUGCUGUUCCGAGGCACAUAUACCUUAUGCGCAUGGGGGGAAUUUUUGGCAUUUAACCGACUCCAUGCACAGUCGCCACAACAGCCUGGACACGGUCAACACAGUCUUGGUCGAAGACUCCGAUAUCCUGGAUUGCUCCGGCCAGUGCGCUAAACUACCCGAGCUCGAGGACGUGCCAUGGAGCCUCGGGGAAGUAGAGAGCGCACUGAACAAGGACGAAGAGUUGAGGCUGGGGGUCGUGUCACAGGAGAUCCUGGCUCGGCUCUCCGUCCUCAUAAGCCGCGCACUCGUGAGGGUCGCCAAGGAAGCGCAGCGCCUGAGUUUGCGCUAUGCCAAAUGCACCAAAUACGAGAUUCAAAGUGCCAUAAAGGUUGUCAUGUCUUGGACAGUCUCGGUGAACUGCAUCACCGCCGCACUCAGUGCCUUGUCUAUGUACAACAUGAGCACCGAGGACAAGUUCAGCCGCGGAAAGUCACUCAGAUGCGGACUCAUUUUCAACGUGGGGAAGUUCUUCAGGUGGAUGGUGGACAGCCGAGUUGCGGUGAGGAUCCACGAGCACGCUGCCAUCUACCUGACAGCGUGCAUGGAGAGUCUUUUCCGAGAGGUGUACGCACGCGCACUGCGCAGCGCACUUGUGGAGAAAGAUAAUGGGAUCCCUAAAUUCACUGUUGAGUCCCUCGAACAGGCCAUCAACAACGAUUCGGAGUUAUGGGGGUUCCUGCAGCAGUAUCAAUACCUAAUUUGUGGGAAGAAUGCAAGUGGUGUGCUCAGCCUACCAGAGAGCCUGACUCUGCAUCGGGACCAGCAGCGGUCAGGGAAAAGUGGGGAGGGCCACUCCUACAGUCAGUCAGAGCUGCGCUCCAUAGAACAGUGCCUGCUAGCCACACGGGUGGGCAGCAUCUCAGAACUCAGUGACCUGGUCUCCCGGGCCAUGCACCACCUCCAGCCGCUGCAUGUGAAGAACCAUAGCAACGGGACGCCCAUCCACCAGAAGAGCAGCCCAGUACACUGGGAGCCUGAGGCGCUCUACACUCUCUGCUACUUCAUGCACUGUCCCCAGGUGGAAUGGGAGAAUCCCAACGUAGAACCCUCUAAGGUUACCCUGCAGACAGAGAGGCCGUUCCUGGUUCUACCUCCUCUGAUGGAGUGGCUCAGGGUGUCGGUGGCCCACGCAGAGCACCGCCGUAGCUUCUCAGUGGACAGUGACGACGUCCGGCAGGCCGCCAGGCUGCUGCUGCCAGGGGUGGACUGUGAACCACGCCAGCUCAAGACAGAUGACUUCUGUGCGUCCAGGAAGUUGGAUGCAGCAUCCACAGAGGCUAAGUUCCUCCAGGACCUGGGAUUCCGUAUGCUCAACUGUGGCCGGACCGACCUGGUCAAACAGGCUGUCAAUUUGCUGGGGCCUGACGGCAUCAACAGCAUGAGUGAACAGGGAAUGACCCCUCUGAUGUACUCCUGUGUGAGAGGGGAUGAAGCAAUGGUCCAGAUGCUGCUGGACGCUGGAGCCGACAUCAACAGUGAGGUGCCAAACACAGUGCACAAGUACCCCUCAGUCAACCCCGAAACACGCCUGGGGACACCACUCACUUUCGCCGUUUUACACGGACAUGUCCCUGUCGUGCAGCUGCUCCUGGAUGCCCGGGCCAACGUAGAGGGCUCCCUACAGGACGGUAUGGAGAACUACACAGAGACCCCGCUACAGCUUGCCUCCGCUGCAGGUAACUUUGAGCUGGUCAGUUUGCUGUUGGAGAGAGGAGCAGACCCCAUGGUGGGAACCGUGUAUCGUAACGGUAUCUCUACUGCCCCUCAUGGAGACAUGAACUCCUACAGUCUAGCAGCAGCACAUGGACACAGGAACGUGUUCCGCAAGCUGCUGUCCCAGACGGAGAAGGGGAAAGGGGACGUGCUGUCCCUGGAGGAGAUCCUUGCUGAGGGGACAGAGGAAGAAAGGGGCCUGGAGGAGAGGAACCCCUCCCAGCUGGACCUGGUCCGGACAGGCAAGGCCAAGCUCAAGGCCCUGAAAGAGGCCAUGUACCACAGCUCUGAACACGGACAUGUGGAUAUCACCAUCGACAUACGCAGCCUAGGGGUCCCCUGGACGCUGCACACCUGGCUGGAGUCUCUGCGGACGUGUUUCCUGCAGCAUCGGAGACCACUGAUCCAGGGCCUGCUCAAGGAGUUCAGCUGUAUUGAGGAGGAGGAGUACACACAGGAGCUCAUCACCCACGGCCUGCCACUCUUGUUUCAGAUCCUACGAGCCAGCAAGAAUGAGGUGAUCAGCCAGCAGCUGUCUCUGAUCUUCACCCAGUGCUACGGGCCGUACCCCAUCCCCAAACUCUCCGAGAUCAAGAGAAAACAGACCUCACGCCUGGAUCCUCAUUUCCUAAACAACCAGGAGAUGUCAGAUGUGACCUUCUUGGUGGAGGGGAAGCCAUUCUACGCCCACAAAGUCCUGCUCUUCACCGCCUCUGGCAGAUGUCACAAAGUGCUAUACAGAAACCCAGCCUAAAACCCCAAACAGCAAGCAAUACAGAUGCAGAAACAGGGUGGCUCGGAAAAACUCCCUAGAAAGGCAGGAACCUAGGAAGAAACCUAGAGAGGAACCAGGCUCUGGGAGGUGGCCAGUCCUCUUCAGGCUGUGCUGGUUGGAGAUUAUAACAUUACAUAGCCAUUAUGGCCAGAGGAGGAGAGAGAGAGAUGGGAGAAUUUGGGGGAACAUAUUUAAGUUCACACAGGACACCAGAUAGGACAAGAGAAUUACACCAGAUAGGUCUAGAGAAUUACACCAGAUAGAACAAGAGAAUUACACCCGAUACGACAAGAGAAUUACACCAGAUAGAACAAGAGAAUUACACCAGAUAGAACAAGAGAAAUACACCAGAUAGAACAAGAGAAUUACACCAGAUAGAACAAGAGAAUUACACCAGAUAGAACAAGAGAAAUACACCAGAUAGAACAAGAGAAUUACACCAGAUAGAACAAGAGAAAUACACCAGAUAGAACAAGAUAAUUACACCAGAUAGAACAAGAGAAUUACAUCAGAUAGAACAAGAGAAUUACACCAGAUAGAACUAGAUAAUUACACCAGAUAGAACAAGAGAAUUACACCAGAUAGAACAAGAGAAUUACACCAGAUAGAACAAGAGAAUUACACCAGAUAGAACAGAUUGACCCUAGCCCCCCGGCACUGCGAAGAGACACACAAAGGUACAGAGAUACGCAUACAUUGCGAUAUUGUUUUAUGGUGGUAUUAAACAUUUUGUAUUGUAGAUAUGUAGUGGUGUAAUAAUGUUAUAUGAUGUACUGUUUUAUAUUUUGUUUCGUAUGUAAUGUAAGUGCUUUAAUAUGUUUGGACCCCAGGAAGAGUAUCCUGGGGGGGAUCCUUAAUAAAUUCAAAAUACUAUUGCAGCAUAGAUACUGGAGGCUGUGACUGUGGCCCUGUCCGACGAUACUCCCGGACAGGGCUAACCAGGCAGGAUAUAACUCCACCCACUUUGCUCCCACACCACUUGAGGGAUAUGAACAGACCACCAACUUACUACCCUGAGACAAGGCUGAGUAUAGCCCACAAAGAUUUCCUCCACCUGAGGGGGCGCAAAACUGGACAGGAAGAUCACGUUAGUGACUCGAGAUGAGUCUUCAGUAAAGACUUGGGUCGAGACCGAGUCUGCGUCUCUCACAUGGAUAGGCAGACCAUUCCAUAAAAACUGAGCUUGAUAGGAGAAAGCCCUGCCUCCAGCUGUUUGGUUAGAAAUUCUAAAGACAGUAAGAUGGCCUGCGUCUUGUGACUGUAGCGAAUGUGUAGGUAUGUGCGGCAAGACCAAAUCGGAAUGAUACUGUAGGUAGGAGCAAGCCCACGCAAUAGCAGUAAAACCUUGAAAUCAUCCCUGGGCUUAACAGGAAGCCAAUGUAGAGGCUAGCAUUGGAGUAAUAUGAUAACAUUUUGGGGUUGUAGUCAAGAGCUAACAGCUGUGUUUAGCACUAACUGAAGUUUAUUAAGUGCUUUAUCCAGGUAGCCAGAGAGUAUAGCAUUGCAGUAAUGUCAUCUAAAAGUGACAAAAGCAUGGAUUACUUUUUCUGAAUCAUUUUUGGACAAAACGUUUCAGUUUUUUGCAACGUUAUGAAGAUGGGAAAAGCUGCCCAUAAAAUAUUCUUGAUAUGUUCGUCAAAAGAGAGAUCAGGGUCCAGAAUAAUGCCGAGGUCCUCAUUUGAGACGACUGUACAACCAUCAAGAUUAAUUGUCAGAUCAAACUGCAGAUCUCUUUGUUUCUUGGGACCUAGAACUAGGAUCUCUGUUUUGUCUGAGUUUCAAAGUAAUACAUUUGCCGCCAUCCACUUCCUUAUGUCUGAAACACAGGCUUCCAGGGUAGGCAAUUUUGGUGCCUUCCUUGCCUUUCCUUCCAGUUCUCUGCUGCCAAUGACUGGAACGAAUUGCAAAAAUCUCUGAAUCUGGAGUCUUUUAUCUCUCUCUCUCUAACUUUAAGCAUCAGCUGUCAGAGCAGCUUACCGAUCACUGUACCUGUACACAGCCAAUCUGUAAAUAGCCCACCUGACUACCUCAUCCCCAUAUUAUUACUUACCCUCUUGCUCUUUUGCACCCCAGUAUCUCUACUUGCACAUCAUCAUCUGCACAUAUAUCACUCCAGUUUUAAUGCUAAGUUGGAAUUAUUUUCGGCUCUAUGGCCUAUUUAUUGCCAACCUCCCUACUCUUCUACAUUUGCACACACUGUACAUAGAUCUUUCUAUUUUCCUUUUCUUUUGUGUUAUUGACUGUACGUUUGUUUAUGUGUAACUCUGUGUUGUUGUUUUUGUCGCACUACUUUGCUUUAUCUUGGCCAGGUCGCAGUUGUAGAUGAGAACUUGUUCUCAACGGGCCUACCUGGUUAAAUAAAGGUGAAAUAAAAAAACACAAUAAAAAUAAAUCUAUUUUUUGUUCUCUGUCUUUCUU